AUGGAAAUGCAGCAAAACUGCAGCAUUUCAUGCUUCUGGGAAACCCAACCUCUUGGUUGUGUGAAGAUCAGUUGUAUCUUUUACCACAGCAAACCCCGAAAUAUCAAUGGAUUAUUUUUGCCACCAAGUAGCAACACCACCUUACAGAAAGAAAGUCAGGAAGGAAAUCCACCCCCAAGCCAGAGUCAAGAACCUCUGAAACCCAUGGAGAAUGUAUCACGGCCCAUUCAUAAUCCAUUAGUUUUAAAAACUAACUUCGAAGAAGAGGAGGAGGAAGAAGAGGAACAAAAUGAUGCUUCUAGUUUAUGGACAAAGACCCCAGAAGAGAUUGAAGAGAAAAGAGCAAUAAAGGAGAUGUGUUACAAAUCUGGUGAAUACUAUAGAUUCCAUGCUCCUCCAGAUGUUUCGUCAUCAAAAAGCGUAGCUCCUACAGUGGAAAAGGAGUUAGAAAAGCCUUUGGAAAAUGGCAGUGAAUUGCAAGAAGGGGAUGGUCUUACAGUUCCAACAAAGUUUAGCCUCUUUGAAAGGCCGGGUGAGGCAAAGACAUCAUUGGAUAGGAAACCAAGGACUGACAUUGCUGCUUUUGAAAAUGGAGGAGGUGACUGCUAUGCUCCACAGAGGAUCAUAUUUCUUGGAGUGAAUGAAAGUGAAGCAUUAGCAGAAGUGAAAGAUAUCACCUCCAAAUGUUCAAAUGUCAAAGAAAGCAAGGACAGUCUACAUCCAAAGCGUCCCCUAGCUACUCGCCUAGUCCCUGCAACACAUGUAUUAAAUGCUACUGAGAACAUCGGCGUGAAGUGCAGAGAGAACCCCUCUUCAAUGAAUGAUGUCCAGCCAGUGAGGAAGCCUCAUUUUAAAGGUGUGAAGAAAAGAAAAUGGAUUUAUGAUGAACCAAAGAACUUUCCUGGCUCUGGAAUGCGGAGAGCAGGACACACCCCAAAUCCCAAACACAAAAUGAGUUACCAUCACCAUAAUAAGAACCGAAAUGCUGAGAACGCCUCCUAUAUGCAUGUCCAAAGAGAUUCAGUAAGGACUGUCACACUGAACACCCCACCCCGAAGCAGGCCCACAAGUGGGCCCUACAACAAAGAUGAUGUCAACAAGGAACCCAAACUCAACCUCUGCCCAGAUAAACAUAUGCCCACGUCAUAUAAUGGUUCAGCCUGGCGAAGAAGAAUUCCUUUUUCAAAAACAUAUUCAAAAACUGAAAAGAUAUAUCCAGAGCCAAGAAGAAAUGGGAGUAAGUAA